CACGGUCGCUGGCUUGCCCUGGUGCUGGCUGUCGGUGUCAGGGGGGGGCCGAGGCGGUGACUUUUUCUUUGUCAGUCUGGUGAUGGUGUGGAGAGGACGGGUGUUGCUGAGGCAAGCAGAGACGAGCUCUUGCAAUAGGCGGCUGGUCGUCCGUACUGCACACCACCCCAAGGCAUGCCCGGCUCUUGCCGUCGCGCCACAAAAUUCCCGAACGGGAGGCGUUUUCUUUUUCUGACACUGACCGGUCUGCGGCCAAGAUGGAAGAAAGGUCCGCGGACGAAUCGGCAUGUUGCAAUCUGUCGGCGAUCUGCAGUGACAUCGAAAGACGUCGCAGGCAAUUGCAGGCAUCUGCAGGCAUUGGAGUGGCAUCGGACAAAUAAAACAAAAAUGCCCGCGGCACUCAUCGUGGAGGUACAGUGGGCAGGCAGGCGGGGACAAGAGCAGAGAGCGUGCGUUCCCUUGACAUCAACAAACAUCCUGAAGAAUUAUCCAAGCAGGCGUUUUGAAAAACAUCUGACUCUUUGUUCAUCACGACGCAGCAUCUGGGUCCCCUUCUGUCCCAGCUUCACGAGGGAGGAACUAAAUACGUGUGUGUGGUGUGGUGUAUGGCAAGCAGACGAGGUAACUGCACGCAUCGUUCCCAUCCUGUUCGCCAUCCGGCCACCAGCCGCCUGAGGGAGGAGGCUCCCUUUGUGGUCUUCCAAAGCAUUUCUCUCAUGACAUGGACUAUCUGAAAUGUCGCUUCCACCUACCUCUCCUGGAGAGG